AUGUCUUCCCCAUGCAAGCUAAUCGUCGUUGUCGGUGCCACGGGAAAUCAAGGCUCUUCUGUGGCCCGAACCUUCUUGCAGCUCAAUCACUGGGAUGUCCGCUGCGUCACACGCAACGUGUCUUCUGUGGCGGCCAAAAACCUGGCGUCGCUCGGGGCCGGCGUGGUAGAGGCUAAUCUCGCCGACCUUGCAUCGCUGCAUCGUGCUUUCGCAAAUGCCAAUGCGAUCUUUGUUAAUACGGAUUUCUGGGGCCCUUACCGAAGCUCAACGGUCACAGGAGGCCAGUCCAAGUCCAGCGAUGAGGCUUUUCAAGAGGAGGUCCUGCAUGGGCAGAACGCUGCCAUUGCCGCGGCUGAGAUCCCGACCCUGGAGCGCUUUGUCUAUUCGGCACUGGGCCCUAUGAAGAAGCAUUCCCGUGGGAAAUACUCCUGUUCUUAUCAUUGGGACUCGAAAGCGACGAUUGUGGAGUACAUUGAGCGGGAUCAGCCCUCCUUGGCCCGAAAGACUUCCUUUAUCUACCCGGCCGUAUACGCGACAAACCCGCUCUUCAUGCCAUCCCUGAAUGCCUCGACUGGUCGGUACCAGUUUGUGCUGCCGCUACCUAAAGAUCUGGAGAUCCCAAUCAUCAACCCCUCCGAAUCGACCGGUCCCUUCGUCCGCGCUCUCGUGGAGAACGAGCGACCUGGCGUCAAGCUUCUCGCCUAUGACACCUCCCUGACCGUUGAAGCCAUCGUGAAAGCCUGGAAUCACGCCACCGGUAGACUAGCCGAGCUGGUCGAAGUUAGUGUAGAUUAUAUGCAUCGAGAGCUAGGAAUUCCUUUGGAAGUGCUAGAUGCACCCCCCUACAUCGCCGAGUUUGGAUACAUGGGAGGUCUGGACAACGUCCUCUACCCGCGGGACCUGGCCGUCCCGGUCCAGACCCCUUCUUUUACGAGCUGGCUCAAUGCACAAGACUGGCAGCAGGUCCUUGACGGGGGAAAGGCAGAGCUAACCUCGGUACUGGAGGAUGCGAGUGAAUGUGUAGAAUCUGAGAAAGUUUAG